CUCGCAUCACAAACCGAACGGUGCGCGGUUGCGUCGCGUCGCCACUUCCACAUUGCGGCAGUGUUUACGGUGCGCUCGCUGUGUGCGAUCGCGUCCGAUAUCUCCGUGCGAGCGGUGUGUGUAUAUGCAACGGUAUUGCGAGCGGGGUUCCAACAAACGACCGAACAACCGAAUCUCGCGCAGACGUUUCCUGUGCACAAGUGAACUCUCUCUCGUCGGCCGCCAGCGGAAAAAAAGCAGUGCAUGUGCGGCGAGUGUGUCUCGAAGUGAUUGGAUUUUAUAACCUCGGCGAAACAAAACAAACGACGAUCGCGAGUGGAGUUAAUCAUCAUCGGACUGAACGCUGAAUUAAAAAAAAAGCACACACACACACUGCACACAACAUAUAAGUUGUUACGAGGUUGGCAGCGUUGCCAAGGGCAACGUAUCAACAAGCGGCGAGUUAAGAUGCACCAUGCACAUGGACACGACGCAGGCCCGCCACCUUCAGCAGCGUGCUGAGCAGGAGGCGGCGGCGUGCUGCGUGGGCGUUGCGGGUUGGUGUAUGUGUGGUGCGCGUGCGAUGGGCGCGCGGUGGUGGUGAGCCGGAGAACGCGCGGCGUUUGGCGGUCGAUCGCGGGGCACGCUCUUCAACCUGGAGCGCGGCGGCCCCGGCCAGGGGGGUUGUGUUGAGGGCGGCGUGCCGCCACCGCCGCCGUCGGUGGCCCCCCAGCAGCAGCAGGGACUCUCACCGCUGCAGCACCCCGACGUCAUACCCCCCAAGCGGCAAGUCUUUGACAGAUUGCGCCGCCGGAUAGAAACGUACAGGCGCCGCCAGACCGAGUGCAUGCCACGCUUCGACCAGUCCUUCAACGGGCUGUGCGAGCAGAACCAUCAGGAUACGCAGGUCCUCAAGCAGCGCUAUCUGGAGCCGAAGGCCAAGCGUCCGAAUAAGCCCAAGGACAAGAAACAGCAGGACACGAUUUCGAGCAGCGUGCACGUGCAACAAAAAUUCCUCAAACGCUCCGCCGAAGAACAUGACCCCGGCGGUGGCGGCGGUCCCGGGGGCGGCGUCCCGAACGGCGACGCCAGCUUCGAACCGCCCGUCAAACUGCAAUGCACCACCCAACAGCACGGCACACAGGAGCAGGACGGUCUCACGAAAUUCUCCGUGCAGAUCGUCCAGCGUGUCGAGUUCACAACGUCGGCGGCGAACUCCCAGCCCCAGCAGAUUUCCACGAAUGUCACCGUCAAGGCGCACACGAACGCGUCGGUUAAAAGCGACGUCGCCUCGCCGAAACCCUCACAGCAGAAUCAAAACGCACAGAAUGCGAAUCAAUCGAAGGCCGGCAAUGGGGGCGGCGGUGUUAAUACAUCCAACGAUAGCGGGAUGCCCGACUGCGUGAAACAGGAACCACUGAAUGAUUUCGCUGAUUUAGACGAGUGCGCAGCCGCAGUGGAGAAAGACGCUGCCAAUGGCGGAAUGGGUUUCGGUAAUAUUACAGAUUUGAUCGGGGAUGAGAAUAACGAUGAGUUAUUCACAUCGCCGGCGUUCAAGGCGAUCAUCAAGGACAUUGCAGCGAACUUCAACGAGUUCAAUUUUGACUUUGACGACAAGAGCGACGAUCUCAAAGUGCAAGACUCCAAAGACUUACUGUCGAGUAUUAGUAGUAGUGAUUUAAAAUCCACACCCAUAGGUGGCGCUAGCGGUAAUGCAGGUGGGGGUAACUUUCAAUCGGCGAAUCAAAACUGUUCGCCGCCUGUGUUUGAAAACAAACGCAUGCCGCCAUACAUGAGCGGAGAUUUCGUCAAGACGGAAUUAUCACCUGCUGCGCAGACGCUGAAACAAAUGGCUGAACAACACCAGCAUCAGAAACAAAUGGGUCUGUCGUUUAACCCGCCCAGUCGAGCACCUCCGGGCGUAGCUAACGCACGAUCACCUUAUUCUGAUUUUCCUAUGAAUGAGUAUGGAAGUCCCAAUCCCAAUCAAAACCAGAAUCAAUCCUCGGGGGCAGGUGCUGGUGGUGGGGGUAAUUUUCAUAAAAACAGUCCUGGGUUCCAACAGAGCGUGCAAGGUGUAGAAAUGAUCAAGCAGGAGAUGAUCUAUCAAGGGAACGAGUUUGAUAUGAAGCGGAAGGCGGCGGCGGCGGGGAUUUACAAGCAGCAGUACAGCCCAUAUGGGUCUCCAUCGCCGGGGAGUCAUGGUAGUCCUGGGUAUUUACCACGCAAUAAUCAGCCGGGAGGUGGGACGGGGGCGGGACCUAAUGGUGGGGGUUUCGCCGGAGCCACGCCUCCAAGACCUCCGAGUGGGCCUGGCGGGAAUAAUGGUACCACUACGCUGCAGAUCAACCAGGCGCAGUCCAUGCAUAUUAGUCAACAGAGUCACGGACAUAAUAUUCAGGUUUCUGCCGGACAACAUUUACACUUGUCCGGUGAUCUCAAAGGCAAUGUUUCAAUUGCUACGCAACAAGGGGUGCACUUUCAACAACAACAGCAACAACAACAAGCCACGCCCCAUCCGAACGCUCCGAAUGCACAAACGCAACCCAAUAACCACACCUCGCAUAAUUCACAUCAGAAUGAUUCUUCAGGUGUUCCACAACAGGGACCUACUUCCGGUGGUCCUAACGCGAAUAAUCCUAAUAUGAUGAACGUGAAUGAGUCGAUGCACGCACAGAAUGGUCCCGGAAGUGGACCUAACCAAGGUCCUGGCUCGGGACCUAACCAAGGUAUGCAUGGCGGUAAUGGUGGUAUGUCAAUGAAUAAUAUGAAUAUGAAUAAUAUGUCCGGGAUGAAUAACAUGAACAAUAUGAAUAUGAACGCGAUGAACCCGAAUAUGGGCAAUAUGGGUAACAAUGUGAUGAUGAACGCCGGGCAUGGUCCUGGUGGACCAGGAGGACCUGGGCAGAUGAAUGAUUCGUACUCGAUGACGCAGAGUCAGACUAUUAACUUUACACAACAAACUCUGCGUCAAAGAGGGAGUGGUAUCCCGCCUGGGAUGGGUAUGCCUACACAGAUGGGUGCUGGUGGACCUGGUGGACCCAUGGCACCCAAUGGUAUGCGGCAUAUGACUCCUAUGGAGCAGCAGAAAUUGAUGCAACAACAGCAGAUUAUAAGAGCGCAGCAACAGGCUGCGAUGCAACAACAGCAGCAGCAACAACAACAUAUGGUACGGCCCCCGCCACCUGAGUACAAAGCAAGCGCGGGGUUGAUGCAGGGCAUGGGUGGACCUAGGUAUGGACCGGGACCUGGGCCUGUACCAGGUGCAGGGCCAGGUAAUAUGCCUCCGGGUGGAAUGAGGAGAAUGCCACAUCAGUCUAUGCCUCCUUCCGGGCCGAUGAUGCGUCCGCAUAGUAUGUAUAUGAUGCAACAACAGCAACAACAACAAAUGGCAGCUCGAGGGAUGUACCCGCCGCGACAACAGGGACCUAUGGGAGGGAAUCCUGGUGCGGGUAAUGGUGGUAUGGAUGGUGGGCCAGGUGGGCCGCAACAUGGGAGUGCUGAAUGGCGGCAUAUGAUGAUGCAGCAGGGCAAUAACUUUGGCAAUCAGAUGCGGCCUAAUUUUGCGCAACAUCAAGGUGCUAAUAAACCUGGUUUUAAUAUGAACGCAGCGAAUCCCAUGCAGAUGCAAAUGGCGCAGCCGCAGAUGCGUGGUAUGAACCAACCCAUGAUGGGCCAACAGGGUCCCGGAGGUGGGGCACCAUCGCAAGGGGGUGGGCCAAUGGCCCAGAUGACCUCGAUGAAUCAACAGAUGAUGAUGCAGCAACAGCAAAAUGUUGUACAGGGCAAUAAUCAAAUGUCUAUGACAAAUAUCCACAUGCAACAAACGCAGUCGUUGUCGAUCAACAGUCAAAGCCACCACCAACAACAGCAACAACAGAAUCAACAGCAGCAACAGCCGCAGCAGAACAACCAGCUGUCAUCGACGGCAAACAAUCAAAACAACGACUUUCUGGACCUUUUAGCCUUCCAACCGGAUAGCACACUAUCCGAUCAAGAGUUGCUGAAGUUUGCCAAUGAGGCUGGUUUUAAUUUCAAUGACAUUAACAUUUAAUUGUUAUAUAUGAAAGUGAGCGAGACUAAAGUGUGACAGUGAAGUAACUGAAACCAGUGCACUCCAAAAUGAAAACAAAGCGUAAUUCCAUAAUUAAAGUAAUUAUAUCUAAGUAUAUUUGAGCGCGGUAAAGAGUUAUAUUUGUAUUUUUUGUACAUAUCGUUUGUAAUUUUUGAUUUUCCAUCGACAACAGAUUCGAAUCCGAGUUGUUUUGUUUCACUCUAUACAAACACACAUAAUUUUAUUUAUACAACAUAUAAAUAUUUAAAUCUAUUGAUAAGUACUGUACUAUGAUGAAGAUGUUGAGGAUGAUGAGGAGGAAUGAUGGAUGAAGGAAGAGUAUGAAACAUGGAUAUAUUAUUUUGUGUACGUAAUCACUGCCAGUACGUAAAUAUUGCAACAACACCGCAAUCGCCAUUUUGUUUACCGUUUUAUUAUGCGGCAUGGACAAAAUGGCGAUUGCGAUUGUGAUUAAUUAUAAUAUUCAUUCGAUUCAUAUCAGAAGACACAUAUUUGUCGCAAUAAUUCCGAAAUUGGUUGCAGCAUUUGAAAAUAUCGAUUGUUACAAUACAAAAAUACACUAGGGACCUAUUCAUGAUGUAAGUUAGGAAUCGAACAAAACGGAUCAGAAAUCUCAAUAAUUUUUACAUUUAGCGCAAAUAUACAACACCACACCCACACACAUUAAUCUAAUCUAAGGAAGUAAUCAAAUUGUGAACAAACGUUAGGCAAGACCCGUAACUCCAAGCGAAAAUAAUUGAGAAACAAAACACAUGUACAUACUUAGUAUAAUAAUCAUAUUAUACCAAUAAUAUUAUAUAGAUCUGAGAUAAUCUAAGCAAAUAUUUAAAAGCGUAGCGGACGAACGUCAAACAAAUAACGAAACAAUUGCAUCAAUCAAAUUAUACUUUAAUUUAAUUGUUUCUAGUUUAAUUGAUAUAAUUGGCCAGUAAUUUCACAUUCCAUUGAGCACACACAUGUUGAACGUUCGUUAUUAUUUUCUUGUGUAUUUUUUGUUUCGUUUUCAAUCAGUAUUUUGACAAUUUCCACGACUUCGAUUUCCAUUUCCAUACGAGAACAAAACAAAGUAAUAAUGUCUUGAUGAACAAAUAUCUGUAUUUGUAUUCUUUGCGUGUACUUAGGCAAUUGAAAUUGUUAUUAUUAAUAUUUUAAUACCGUACAAGAGUUUAUAUGAACACGAUGAUGCGCAGCGGGAGACGAUAAAUGAAUAUGAUGAUAUAAAAUAUAUUCCAUGUUUUGUAGAUUUAUGCAACCAGGUGAAAUAUAUAAAGUAUAAUAGUGAGA